GCCCUCCAACAUGGACGCCCUACGCGAGGGAGCCCGGGAGAUUGCGGAGCAGGAGAUGAUCGCGGCGGCGGACCAGGCCCAGCUCCUGUCUGCAAUGAUGAAGAGCGACAAGCUCAAAGCCAGUCUCCUGCCGGAAGCAGAGACGGGGGAGCCCUCCCAGGGGAGCACUCGAGCAGGCACGCCAGUGGGGACAGCUACGGGCUCCGGUCAGGAUGCAAGGAACACUGCCGAGACUCCGGCCCCGACAACUCCUCCCCCGACGGCGGCACCGAUGGACACCUCCAUGCGCGAGCCGAAACGCCCAGCCGAGACCGAGGAAGAGGAGCUCCAAGGGGAAGGCUCAGGCAAAGGCCGGGACAAGUGGCCGCGCUCCCAGAGCAAGGGCAAUGCAAGAGCAUCCGGUGGUGGCUGGGAAAGGGAUCAUCGCACACCUCAGCAACGCCGCCACCAGGGACGCAGCUGGAACUGGGAGCGGGACGAUCGGCAGCAGGACCGCCGGUCGGACGACCGCCGGGACCGCAAGCUGCUGGAACUGUGCCUAGCAGCGAGCCGGCUCAUGAUGAGGCACGAAGAUCAACUUUCGAUCAAUCGGGCCCAGGACAACUUCGUCAUGUUUGCUCAGACCAAGGGCCUCCUCUCGGCCAUUCCGGAGCUCUACAAGGCCACGGAAGCAUGGAGGCUGACGAAAUCGGAGCACCCCGAGACCCUCACUUUGCCCCUAAGGGCCUGGCUUCUGAAACACUGGGUGGAUCUCCUCCACCAGAGAAUGGAGGCCGUGAUGGAGUCGGAGCAGACUCUCCAGCAGGCGAAGGAGCUCCUCAUCUUGGACGAGGCCUGCAAUGUUCCUUACCUGGAAUGGAACCGGACCGAGCGCAAGAUGCAGAUCAAGAAGGACAGAGAUCCAAUGACCUUAACGCAGGUAUUGGAACUGCUUCGGCAAAUGCAAGUUCUCGUGCUGCAGCCCCUGGCGAUCCUCCGCUUCCACACCACCCGGGAGCUGGUUCAGAACAUGCAGUCGGAUGUUGUGCCGCUGAUGCUGCAGAUUGGCAGCCGCACAGCCGAAUGCCACCAACUGUGGAACGCCUUCUACCGCCUCAGCCACAGUGGAGCUUGCCGGGUGGUGGCAACGUCCCUACGAGGGGACAAAAUGGGCCGCUCGGCUCUGGCCCAAGCCAUCCAGAAGCUGAUCGACGAAAUGUGCGCCGCCUCAGACUCCUCAAUCCCAGCAAUUUUUGCUAUAGCAAUGCUUCUGCCCUUGCAUUGUGCUGGCUAUGUGCCACAGGUCCCCAAGCCGGCGCUGAAUCCUCUCAGCUUCUGCAGCCUGACUUGCUGCGAGUGA